CUGGCAGGUACCUAGACAGGGCUUGUGAUUUCUAUGAACUUCCACAUUCCAUUCCAAACGUCAGAUAAUAGGAAGCUUCCAGGUUAUAUCCUGCGUACCGUUCCCUGCUCCCUAUUCAAAACCUCAGGUCUUGCUUCUUUCUCACUUUGAGGUCGCUUCCUUCUCGUCUGUCGCGGCAUUAUUUAUUUCUGGACGCGCAUCUCCUCCGAGCAAGCACAACCCGGGUCAAUUACCAAGAACCAACGAAAACAAAAUAGAACUGAAAUUACUUACUUGCCCUCCGACUUCUUCCCUUUUACUCUGCGCAGCUACAAUCCCAGAAAGAAACAUGUCGGCUGGUAGCCCCUUACACGAGGUCCCUGUCGAGCUUUGGCUCCGGAUAAGCGCUGAGCUCAAGACGGAAGACCUCAAUGCUUUGCGUCUCACCUGCCGCACCAUUGAAUCCUGUCUUUUCCUCGCCUAUGCCAGAGAGUUCUUCUCCAAAAAGCAAUUUAUGCUCACCGAGCACAGCCUACAAACCCUCAUUGAUAUCUCCAACUCACGCCUCGCGGAGCAUCUCAAGCAUGUCAUCAUCGGCCUCGACCGCUACUCUGACCGCGACUUUGCAAAUCCGAUCCAGCAGACCAUCUACCGCGAGGGCUUCCAAGGUCAGCAGGCUCUCAUCUGGAGCGGCCGAGCCGCCCACAUGCUGACCACGGCCUUCCGCAACCUCAAACCCACCACCAUCGGCAUCCGCGAUUACAACUCGGAUGGCCGGAGAAGCCGUGAUGGAUCCAACGCUCGCUGGGCGAGCUAUGGUGCCACGACCGUCAUGAACCAGACCGGCGUUAAUAUCAUGACGGACUCUCCGUCGCGCUUCGCCUCGGGCCGCGAUAUAGCCCCGUAUUGGCCUAGCCAAGUCUUCUCGCUCGUCUUGACGGCCCUCGGCGCCGCCGAGGCACGUCCCCAAUCGAUCGAGGUUCUCCGUCGUCACCGCGGCGUCCUGCGCCCGAUUUCCUUCUACCUCCCCGGCUUCUCAUACCCCACCGUGGUCCCCGUACUACGCAAUCUGACGACCCUUUUCCUGGCUCUCGAUUUGGAAAUUGGGGCCACUCGAAGUUGCCACUACGUUCCUGCCUCGGGCGGCGGUUCCACCGGCAGUGCUGGUGCCGAUGGCCCUAGCCACAAUGUCAAUGUCAACGGCGCCCGGGGGCAGGACUUGGAAAAAUGCCCCGACUUCCCACUCCGUCUCUUUGUCGCCCACUUAUCUAACCUGAAGCAUCUGCGCAUCAACUUCCAAAAUAACCCCGUGGGCCCGGGCCCCACCUCGUUUCUCCAGUGGCUCGGUAGUCCCGCUCCGACUCCGACUCCGACUCCGACAUGCCUUGACGCGCAGCUGUCCGCACUUGCAUAUGCUCCUGCCGUCGACCCCGCGACAAACCUUCCUCGCACCAUCGACCCGGUCGGCCUGCCCGCGCUCGAGCAGCUAGACUUGGGCCACAUGCGUGUCUGCCCCAGCAUGUUUAUUCGAAUCCUGCGCAAGUUCGCACCCACGCUGAAGAGGGUGGAGCUCUGGAGAGUCGUGCUGCAGCAGCGUGAUCUUGCACAUGUUUACUUCCACGAAAAACCGCCGCCCAAUCUAUGGGUCCAGCUCCUCAAGAAGAUGCGGGCGCUGCCCCUUCAGCUCGAGCAUGUCAUGAUAGGUCAGCCCAUGCAGGAUACGCCGGGCAUCCUCAGUUGCGUUGUCAACUUCAAGUCGCUGGUCGCUCAAGCCGACGAAGGCCGGCGUGCCGUCCCGGACGUGCGGGCCUACACGGGCAUGGAUUGGAAGAGGUUUGUCGAGGAGCUGGAGGGCGACUUGGAGAUCCAGACGGCGCCCCCCAGAGUUGCUGUGACCGCCUCUCCGGUGGAUACGGGGAACAGUGCAUCGGAAAGCUCUGGGGAAGAAUCUGAGGAAGAAUAAAGCGGUGUUUAGCGAACCCGCCAGGCUCUCAUGAUCUAUUGAUCUAUUGCCAUUCCAUGACGAUUUGUGAUGAGCGUGCGGAGUCGGCAUACGAUGGAAGAAUUGGGCCAAGGGAAAGGCUUGCGAAGAUUUGGUUUAUGAACUUUAUGAGUAAAUUAGUGCGCUAGCUCAAAUCGAUUAGAUUUGGCAGAGGAUACUACUAUUACUACAGACCUGCAGCUUGGCAGAAUUGCCGUUGUGAAUGUAGGCUGCGGUCUCAUUAUUUCGUUGCCUAACACUUUGAUUGAGCCGAGGAUGGAC